AAAAAAUGGCGACGUUCGAAGGGUUAAACGGGCGUUGUAUUGCUAAAUUAAAAAAUUCGAUAUCUCAUAAAGUAUUUGGAAUUUCUUAUCUCCGCCGGUUGAUUUGAAAAGAGGAAGUGAAAUAGCAUAGAAUAAAAGUAUUUUCGGAUUGUUAGCAUUUUUUUCCGCAUGAAUACGCAGGUAUUGUGAUGAAAAUUAAAAAAUUCGAUAUCUCCGAAAGUAGUUGGAAUUUAUUAUCUCCGCCGGUUGAUUUGAAAAGAGGAAGUGAAAGAGCAUAGAAUAAAAGUUUUCGGAUUUUUAGCAUUUUUUUUGGCAUCUACCGCGACUGUGCAUAUUUACCUAAAAUAAUAUCCAAAAAUGGUAUAUUUGAGUACUUUCAAUGUUGCUCGAGAUAAAUGUUUAACAAAUACUCGUUGUGUCUGCUGAUUUUCUUCCUGCUGGAGAUGGCUAUAGCCAUCAUGGGAUUCGUGUUCCCGCACACGAUGCAGUCAGUGCUGGAGGAGUCAUUCACCGACAAGAUCAUCCACACGUAUCGCGAGGAUGUCGACCUGCAGAACCUCAUUGACUUUGCUCAGCAAGAGUUCCGAUGCUGUGGACUCAGCACGGAAGGCUACAUGGACUGGGCGAAAAAUGAGUAUUUUAACUGCAGUUCGCCGAGCGUUGAGCACUGUGGUGUCCCCUUCUCCUGUUGCAUCAACGCCACAGACAUCUCUAGUGGACUUGUCAACAUUAUGUGUGGUUAUGGAGUUCAAGAAUUAUCUGUGGCGGAGGCAGGGAGGAAGGUUUGGACCAGUGGCUGCAUCGAGAUUGUGCGUUCCUGGGCAGAGAGGAACCUCUACACCAUAGCUGGCUUUGCCCUGGGAGUCGCUCUGUCUCAGUUGUUGGUGAUCUACUUGGCGAAGACGCUGGAGGGCCAGAUCGACCUGCAGAAGUCCAGAUGGAACACUUGAAACAUUGCCUACCAUCUCGGAUAAGUGCAUAUCACUUUGUGGUAGGCUCCGAGGACUGAUCAAGCCUGAUAUUGGGCAAGCAUCAUACACACUAAAUGCUGCAGAUGUGAGCGCGUUGGCGUGCGUGCCAAGUAUCCAACAUGCGGCAUCUCGCCAAAAGGAGAGAGCAAUGGGUUGCUAGUUGUUUUCAACUAGUCCAUAUUAUGUCUGUGUUUAUUUCUACUUGUAAUAUGAAUGUAUAGUUUAUGAGCCAAAUAUGUGAAUGUGCGUAUCUGUAAUAGUUGCAUUAAAUAUGUAAACUGUAUUUUUAUUUAGCUUGUGUCAAGGAUAUACUGAAUUAUAAGCCUUUUUAAUAAAGUGAUUCAUUUUAUA